GUUCACCCAACUUUGGAAACAACUCGGUUCCAGGUUUCCCAAGGAGAUGAUUCACCGAUUCAUCUUUCUCCCUGUUUAUUCAUGAUCCAGAAGAACCUCUCACCUUCAUAUCCAAGCCACUCGCACGAUGUUCUGUUGUCCCACUGAAAUCCUCAUCACUUUCUCAUCAUCUUUCAUGGUACCAAAAUACUUUUGAGCCCAAGAAAAGAGAAAAACAGUGCCAAAGUGAUAUACAACCAAAUGUUUUAGUUUACUCCUACUACUUUUGCCACCCACAGCUAGUGAUGACGAUAAACCUCCCCUCCUCCACUCAUCUCAUAUCACACAAAUCGUUAUAAGAAUCCAAGCUUCAGCUUGCUCGACCAAAGUUGCAGCAUUAGCAAGACCAGCAACAGCCAUCGCAAUCUAGCUCUAGCUGGUGUUUGUUGUGUUUCCUCACAUUCAAGAAGUUGCUGAUUUGUUGGUUUCGAAAUGGGCGAAGCGAAGCAGGAAGUAGAGAACAAACAAGAAAAGAAGGCCGAGGAGAAGAAAGAAGAGAAGGCUGCAGGUCCUCCUCCACCCAUUGUCCUGUCUCUGGACCUGCACUGUGUUGGAUGUGCAAGGAAGAUAGAGAAGUGCAUGCUCAGAUGUAGAGGAGUUGAAAGCGUUGAGGUCGACAUGAUGCAGAACAAGGUCACAGUCAAAGGGAUAGUGGAUCCUCAGGCCUUGUGCUCCAGAAUUCAAAAGAGAACACAGAGGCAGGUCCGAGUGCUCACUCCUCUGCCCCCGGCCGAAGGGAACCCCAAGCCGGAAGCUGAUCCACCUCAGGAGAGUGGCAUGACAACAGUUGUGCUCCUUGUCAACAUGCACUGCGAGGCAUGCGCAGAGCAGCUGAAGCGAAAGAUACUAAAGAUGAGAGGAGUGCAAACGGCCAAGACUGACAUGACUGCUGGGAAGGUCACUGUGACCGGAACAAUGACUGGAGAAAAGAUAGUGGAGUACGUUCACCGGCGCACCGGGAAGAUAGCUAGCAUCGUUCCUCCACCGCCCAAGGAGGAGGAGAAGAAGGAAGAAAAGAAACCCGAGGAAAAGGCCCCGGAGGAGAAGAGUGAGGAGAAAAAGAAAGAUAGCAAUGAGAAAAAGGAAGAAGGGAAGGCAUCUGAACUGCAAGAAAAUGCAAGUGACAAGAAGGAAGGUGAUGCCAAGGAAGGGGAGAAGAAAGAAGCCGACGACAUGAUGAAAAGAAUGAUGUAUUGGCCUGGCAACUUCUUCGGUGAGGAAGAGAUGGCGAGGAGGAUGAUGGUUCACUGGAUGCCGGUAUACAUAACCCAACAGCCUCCACCUCCACCACCCCAACACUUCAGUGAUGAGAACCCCAAUGCCUGUUGCAUCACAUAAAAUUUCAUGCAUCAAAAAACAUGAUCUGUACGUAAUGUUGGAGCUAGGAAGCCAUGCCAUUUAUUAUUUCAUAUAAGAUGAUGUCGCAUGGUAUAACUGUAAACUUAUGUAGAACUGGCUCUUGUUCAUGUUUUAUCUAUGAAUUGUAACUCCUGUAUGUCCUA